AUGAGCUUGGCAUCCUCGCAAGCUCUGGGCAGCGGUCUCUCUCUCCAGGAGGCACAGAGGCAGGAGGCUCAGGCGGAGCUACAGCUUCUCCAGUGUUGGGGCGAGGGAGCCAUGGAGCUGGAUGCGGCGAACAAGCGUCACGAGAUGGAGGAUGCAGCGGAUCCAGAGCCGGAGCGGGACACGAAAUGGGCCAGACCGGAAUCCAAGGGUGGUUUCGGCCGCGGCGGGCGAGGCAAGGGCAAUCAACAGGGACAGCCCAAGCAUCCGGGCCCUCGUCGACAGCCGAUACGCCGAUCGACAGAAGCCGACACCAAAGCCCCGGAAGGUAUGAUGUGGCUGCUGGGCAAACUUCUUCUACGCCACGAGGACCAAAUGGGAAUAGACAGGACUCAGAACGGCUUCGUCAUGUUCUUCAAGAGGGAGAGUGCUCUAUCCCUGGUCCCUCUCUUCGUGCAGAAGUCUCAGCAUUGGCACGCCCUGAAAGAGCAGAAGCAGGAGAAGAUGGACGAGAUUGCACUGCCUCUGAGAUCAUUCUUAUUCCACACCAUGCUGGAGACCCUCGUGAAACGCAUCAGGGUGUUCUUGCCGAAGGAGGGCGAUCGGGAGCUUCGCAUACCGUUCUUGAGUUACAACCCGGAGACCAAAGCUCUGGUGCCCCGUCAGGAUCAGGAGCCCAUCUUCGUCUCCACGAUGCUCGAGAAGCUGCAACUCCUUCAAAAGCAAUGCCUCUGUCCUCUGGCUAUCAUGCGCUUCCACUCUACCCAGCGCCUCAACGGUCAGCUCCAGGGACCCACUGUCCCCUUCCUUCUCCAGGUGGGGUUUCGAUCGCCGGAAGCAGCCGAGCUCCAUCUGAGCCUCCGAUCACUGGCCAACUCAGCGAUCUGGCAGCUAGUGGGCGGAUCCUUGCGUCCAGAGAAGAUGGGCCGCUCAGCCCUGGCAACCGAGCUUGCUCGCCGCUUGCAAGGGUCCUACACUCAGACAGCCUGUUCCAUCAAUCACCCCAGCUGCUCCGUAUUGUCAAUGCCUCUAACCAUUGUGAUCUGGUCCGAGGCCAUGCAUUCGGUUGUGCGGCGAAUGACUACACAGGCGCCUGUCCCGGACCUCUGGUCUUUCCUCCCAUGGUCGCUCAUGCACUCUCGAUGGGCUCGACCUCACUUCCAGCGUGAUGUUGCGGAAUACCUUGUCUUUUGCCGCAGGUUCGUCAUUCCAGACCUGCUCACGGGCAGGUGGCAGAAUCGGCUUCUGCUCACUGACUGCAAUCCCCCACGAUGUCAGGUGCGCGACUGUGGGGACGCAUGGCCUAUGCUGCUGGCUAAGCCUCCUUCUCAGUGUGAUGUCGGAGCCAGUGGACGGGUCACAAUCCAGCGGCUUAUCCAUGCUUGGCAGGAUCAUUCUGCUGGAUGCACUGCUAUGGACAAUGAGACGAGCCUCCUGACUCUACAGGUAAACCGAUUUUGUCCUUCGGAUGUCUCGGAUACCGGCACAAAGGACAAUACCAUCAUCGUACCUGAUCCUCGCAUCAUGAUUCCCUGCUUCCAACAUCCUCCUACACCGCACGACUCUACCUUGCGUGUGAGGCAUCAUGAAUACCAGCUGAUUGCCAUCAUAAUGCACGAGGGUCCUGAUGCCGCUUCCGGGCACUACCGUGCACUCCUUUGCACUUACCCUCCUGACUCGGUGCCCGUUUACUGGCAAUGCGACGAUGCAAAAGAACCGACAGUCCAUUCUGAGCUCUCCUUGCAAGCUCUGACGACGGGGUAUCUUUAUUUCUACUGCCGCACCGUGCAGCCUGAGCAUGUCUAG